GUUUCCACAGGUGCGGUGUGUGUGAAAUCUUCAAAACAAAUCAACUGUCACUUCAUUCUAAUAUUAUAUUGCAGUUUCGCGCCAGAGACUAAUUUUCAAUAAAAAUGCAAGAGGUUGUACAAUUUCAAGCCCUAAACGAUGCUGAUGACAAAGUGAACGACACAAAUGUGCAAUUCAUUCCAGCCAAAAUUGAAUUGCAAACGUCCGGAAGAGCCCCGGUUCAAAAAUAUUUCGAUCAAUACACGGAUGAAGUUGACGGUGAACUGACGAAUGCUCUGCGAGGAUAUCCAUUGAUUGGGCGCAAAUUCAAAACGCCAGAAGGGAUGCUGGGAGUCGUCUACGAAGAGAAUAAGACGAAAUUGAGCGAAGCGAAUCGAACGUUGAAAGUCAAUUCGGUGUUCAACGAGUAUGUGUACUGGAACUACGACAAAAUUCCGUCCGACAAUGAUGCAUUGAUCAAAGCGCUGGAUUGGAUUCAGAUUUCAAAAUCGUUUCAAGAACCAGUCGACCCUAGCAAACUUGCCGAGUUCAUUGAAAAUCAAAAAACCAGCGCAACGGUAAAAGUAAAGCCAGAAGACAAUAACGAGUCCAUGGAGGAGUAGCUGAAGUGCAGGACAUUCCUAAGCUGAUGUGAAAUCAGAGACAAUAUGACUAAGCACUGACGGAUGUGUUAAAAAUGAUUUUUUUAUUAAUUAAACGAAAAUUGUUGACAAAUUUAACAAUCUCA